AUGACUAACAGUGUUUUAAGCAGGACGCAAGCCUUAUUAUUAAAAGAGCGCAAUAAUUGUCAACAAAUGGCUCUUCAUAUUGAUCUACUUAAAAAACAACAUGAAUUGGAUUGUGACAAACUAGAUCUCCUCUUGUCACUGGAUGGAAAACCUGUUCCAAGCCAUUAUUUUCAAGGAGAACUUGUUUUAAAACAACAUAUGGCAAAAAUGGAUAAACUGACAAAGGAACAGGCCUCAAAAUUACUUGAAGAGCGUUCUCUUUUGAAAGAAGAGUGGGACAGAGAGAGACGUUUAAACGAGAAAUGUAAAAAAGACAUGAGACAAAGAAUCCAGGAUUUGCAGGAAAAAGCUGUGCUAGCAAAUGAAAGCAGAAUACUUCAUAGCCAGAAGCAUUUACAGAAUUUUCUUUCUGGGAAGCCUGCUGAUGAAAAUGAUUAUAAUUUUCAUGGUGAUAGCAAUUCAAAUGUUUACGGAUCGAAGAUGGAUCAUUGUUCUGAUCAAGAAACCAAGAGGCUUAGGAAAAAGGUCGCAGAACUACAAAGCGAAAUAGAAUCGUGCAAUAAAAAAUUGACGGCGCAAAACAGUAUAAUUCAUGAAAUCAAGGACGAAUCUAAAAAAAGACAGGAAAAAUUUCUAGCACAGACGAAGUCUAUGAAGGAGAUAAUAGAGCGGUUAAAGGAGGAAAACAAUCAGUUGAACAAACGGAGACUAACCGAAGGUUCCGGUUUCCGCACUGAAAUCAAAUUAUUACAAGAUCAGCUUCAUAGAACUCAACGCCAGCUUUGUUUUUUAACCUUGAGAAAAUCUGAAGAAUGA